AUGUCCACCCCAGCUAAGGCUAGGGACAAUGUGUUCUCAAGACGUGAGAUUGAGGGCAUGCUUGCUGAAGGCAAGUUGAUUAUCAUCGUCGACGGCAAUGUUCUCAGACUAGAUUCUUGGAUCAAAUAUCAUCCCGGAGGUGAUAUGGCCAUCAAGCAUAUGAUUGGCAAAGAUGCCACGGAUGAAGUGAAUGCACUUCAUUCACAGGAAGCCCGUCAGCGCAUGAGCAAAUUCCAAAUUGGCCGAAUCGAGGGCCGCUGGACCAAUUUCCUUCCUCCCAUCCAAGGUGGCGAAUUCCGCCCAUUGAUAGAAAACGAGGUCAACGAAGAAGACCUGGUGAGCUCAGAGCUAUCAAGCGAAGAGAUCUCAGCACCACCAUCUCCCAUCUUCGAAGCCGAAGACGAAAGAUUGGGCCUAAGACGCAGGCUAUCAGUAUCAACAAUCUCCUCGGCAGUCAGCGCCAUCGCUCCAACAGAAACCAAACCACGAGCCUACGUGAUCGAUGCGCGAACCCAAGAGGAGAUUGAGUUGGAUACAUCCAAGUACCCUCCUCUCGACGCAGAACACCAAGAGUACAUCACAAAGAAAUACCGCGAGUUGCACCAGCGCAUCCGCGCAGCAGGGCUAUACAACUGCAACUACACAGCCUACGCUAUCGAGAUCUCUCGCUACACCCUCUUCUUUGGACUGUUCAUUUUCUUCCUCAGACAGUCCUGGUUCUGCCUAUCUGCCUUCUUCCUCGGCUGUUUCUGGCACCAACUUGUAUUCUCCGCCCAUGAUGCUGGCCACAUGGGUAUCACGCAUAACUAUCAGAUUGACACCACCAUCGGCAUGAUCAUCGCCGACUACCUGGGCGGCCUAAGCCUAGGCUGGUGGAAACGCAGUCACAACGUCCACCACAUCGUGACGAACGCUCCCGAGCACGAUCCCGAUAUCGAACUGAUGCCCUUCUUCGCCCUAUCGCACCGCUUCUUCAGCUCGCUCCGGAGCACCUACUACGACCGCAUCAUGGAAUUCGACGCAGUUGCCAAGUUCACCGUCAAAUACCAGCACUAUCUAUAUUACCCCAUCCUACUCUUCGGCCGCUUCAACCUCUACUUCCUCAGCUGGGAGCACAUCAUCGUCGGACGCGGACCGAAACACGGCGCGGGCUGGUGGCACCGCUGGUUCGAGUUCGCCGGCCACAUCUUCUUCUGGAUUUGGUUCGGAUACGGCGUUGUCUGGUGUAGCAUUCCGACCUGGUUCAACCGCGUCGCCUUCGUUCUGAUCUCGCAUAUGGUGACUUCGCCGCUGCAUGUGCAGAUCACGCUGUCGCACUACGCUAUGUCCACUGCUGAUCUUGGCCCGUUGGAAUCGUUCCCCCAGAAGAUGCUCCGCACUACUAUGGACGUCGACUGCCCGCCUUGGUUGGACUUUUUCCAUGGCGGUCUCCAGUUCCAGGCUAUUCACCAUUUGUAUCCUCGCAUCCCGCGAACACAAUCUGCGUAA